GACAUAGAUGGAAGCUACCCUGUUACCUCUGUUGUGAAGCCAACCUCACAGCGGGUCCAUGAGUCACAUGCAUGCGUAGGAGGAUCAGGUAGGGAGUGCGAGCUGUUGACACUACCCAACUGUCGCACAUUGUACCCCCAUUGAUCAAAACCGUAGCUGUGUGUCUACCCACGUCCAUCCCUGCAUAGAUCACACGUCUGAUGAAGUCUCGCCGCCUAGCCGUCGGACAAGGAUGUAUAUGCAUUUGAGGCAAUGUACAGGGAUUACGAACCUGAAAGCUGAACACUUUGUUUGUUGUAAGUUAGGAUGUACAUGCAUGUGUCCUGUAAACCUUGGAAUCGCCCCCUUAUGAAUUCAAAUAUAAAUACAUAUUGAGCUAUAUUACUGCGAGUGUAUAUACACCACACAGUAGAUGUCCAGUGAGCGUAACGUUUAACACAGUUUGACAGGGUAUUUCACUUCCUCGUUGUUCAACAUGGCGGGUGUCAGGAUACUCGCUGUGGUCGUGCUUGUGGGAUGGAUACAGCUGACAUGGGGUUCCUGCCAAUCAGGACUGUUUGGAGACUCCUGUAGCUACUCCUGUCACUGUGAGACAUCCUGUGACGUGACAACAGGUGCCUGUUCUGGAGAGUGUGAUAAAGGAUGGACGAAGGGAGGAGGGCUUUGCCAGAAACAAAACAUUGCACUGAAAAAGACAACAUCCACAGCAUCCGGAGUUUAUGGCAACUGGUACCCAUCAAAUGCUGUGGACGGAGACAGUGACAUAGCUGGUAGUCCUAGAACAUGUUUCCACGCUGGUAAAUCUCCGUCAGACUGGACAGUGGAUCUGGGCCGGGACUACCAGCUGUAUGACAUCAGGAUCUACAGCAGAGAUACAUUCUACUGGAGAAACGCGAACUCUGAUAUCUACCUGAACAAUGACACUUCAAACAUCUGCUCCACACUACCGAAUUCGACUUCUACGCCCAACCCUACUGACGUGACGUGUAACGGUACCGGCAGACAGGUGACUAUCAUGAAGCAGGGGCCGGGAGGAACCGAUGGCUACGCUAGCGCACUGAACAUCUGUGAGGUGGAGAUAUAUGCCUGCAGUCCAGGAAUCUACGGGGUGAACUGUGAUACGUUCUGUCACUGCCUGAAUUCAAGCUGUGAUCGCUUGACUGGAUUCUGUCCUGGAGACUGUAGACCGGGGUGGCAGGGACAGAGAUGUGACACAGCUUGCAACAACACUAACUAUGGUACCAGCUGCAACAAAACAUGUGCUUGGCGGAAGUGUUUAGCUACCAACUCGUCAUGUGACCGUCGCACUGGAGCAUGUGACACAGGAUGUCUUCCUGGGUGGAUAGAUGAGGACUGCACACAAAAAUGUGCCAUUGGAAAAUAUGGUGCAAAUUGCAGUGGACUGUGCUCUGACAGACACUGUUCAGGAAAAUCAUCCUGUGAUCACGUGAUAGGAACAUGCGAUUUUGGGUGUGAAGCUGGCUGGAUGGGUGCUGACUGUAAAUAUGAUUGUGAUUCCAAACAUUAUGGACCAAACUGUCUUGGCGCCUGCUCCUCCAGACACUGUUUGCGGAGUUCUUCCUGUAACUCAGCAGGGGCCUGUGACAGUGGAUGUGAGACGGGAUGGAGACUGGCUGACUGUACAGUGCCUGUAAAGUGCUCUGAUGGAAGGUACGGACCAGGAUGCAGUCAGGUCUGCAGUUCCCGCAACUGUAUAACACAAUCAUUUGUGUGUGACGUCACUGGAACAUGCCCAAAUGGAUGCCGGGAUGGCUGGCAGAAUGUUGACUGCAGGACACCAUGCCCGAGCGGGAAGUACGGUUCUAACUGCAGCAAGUCUUGUGAUUCACGUCAAUGUGAAACUGCACAGACCACCUGUGAUCACGUGACAGGAACCUGCACUGCAGGAUGUCGAGAAGGAUGGAUCGGAGCAGACUGUACUGAAAAAUGCAAACUCGGAACCUUUGGGCCUGACUGUUCUCGCUGUGGACACUGUGACGUCACGUGUAAUGUUGGCGAUGGCAGAUGCCCGGGAGAAUGUCUGGAUGGCUUCAGUGGUGACCGAUGUGAUGUGGAUAUCAGAGUGUCUCCUGUUACAAGCGGCGUCAUUGGUGGAGCAGUGGUAAUGGUUGUAAUGCUGUUGCUGAUUGGCGGUUUGAUGAUAUGUCUGCUGAGAGCUGGAAGACUGAAAUGGAUACCCCCAAAUGGAACAGAGUCGAGAAAGACGGAUACAGGGUACACUGGGGAGAUUUCUGCUCAUGCGCACAUAUCUGGUGUGAAUGAUCCAGACUAUUCUGAAUUGAAUGACGUCACCAGGGAGAGAGAGGAGAAGUCUCAGUAUGAUGUCAUCCAGAACAAAGUACAUGAAAAUAAUCAAAUCUGAGAAAUGAUUAAUAUGUUUUAGCAAUAGAGAAUAGUCUCGGAUCACAUCUAUGUGUACUGUAGCGUGCAUAAUAUAUCACGUAUAGUGCCUAUCUGUAUACGUGACUUCUUGAUUGCUUCAUGUGUAUCCAUAUCCAUGGAUAUGUGUGUUUAUAAUAGAAAACAAAGUACUAAUGUUACGAUGAAACAUGCACAAACCAAUGCCAAAUUGUGCCGAUGAUGCCAGCUGCUGCUCAAACGUCUGAACGUCAUAUGUGAAUAUCGGAAAAAAAUAGUUCUCUCUCACUCGUAUUACCAAUCUAGCAAAUAUCUUAAGCUGAACUGCUUGUUGUGACCUUUGACCAUCAUAUGUAAAAACAACAAGAGCAUGAUGUUCCAACUGUUUUUGACACACUGUAGUGGCCUAUUAUGAUUUGCCUUGAAGGUACGCAAAUAGUAUGAUAAUGAAUUGUGGAAGAUGUAAUGACAUGUUUAGGCUGUCCACAUAACGUUCUUUCAAAAGGUCACAAUCUUGUCUCAAACAAACACAAACUCAGAUAACACUAAUCAUAUCAUACUGUUACAAGGUGACAUUGUGGAAUCCAAAUACUUAGUUUGACGUGUUAUACAGACACAAAAUGAAAGUAAUUACUUUUUUAUAUAUAUUAUCACAAAUAAUUACAGAUGUUGUAUCUAUCUUGCUCCACAGAUUCAGCUUUACAUUGUUGACACAUAAGGGGUAAUUAUUGGAUAACUAAUAUGAUGCUUGACAUGUAUUAGAGGUAUUGUAAUAACAGUGGAAAUAACCACAGUGGCAGUAGUAGUAUAAAAUACAAAAGGAAUGGAAUAGCAUAGCACGACGUUCAAUACAAAAUAAUCUAUCAGAAAUAUACUCAUCAUGUCAUGAAAAUUUGACAAUUUAAAUGUAUAUGCAUUUCUAGUAGAAACAAACAGACAAAAAUG